UAUGUGUAUAAAUAGGUAGUGAUGAGAGUGUGAGGCCAUGCAUUGAUAUCCAUAAACAUUUGCGAGGUAGAGAAAGAUGGCAGGUUUCUCUGGGCACUGGGCUUUUGCGUUCGGACUACUUGGUAACAUUGUCUCGUUCAUGGUGUUUCUUUCUCCAAUACCCACUUUCUAUCAAAUCUACAAGAAGAAGACAAGUGAAGGAUUUCAGUCAGUUCCAUAUGUGGUUGCUCUCUUCAGUGCGAUGCUGUGGAUAUAUUAUGCAUUUCUCAAGUCCAAUACCACUCUUAUCAUUACCAUCAAUUCAGUCGGUUGUUUCAUCCAGACUAUUUACAUCUGCUUCUAUCUUUUCUACGCACCAAAGAAACAAAGGGUACAAACUCUUAAGCUACUGUUUCUGCUUAUAGUUUGUGGGUUCGGAUUCAUCCUAGUUUCCACACAUUUCCUAGUUAAAGCUUCACUACAAGCAAAUGUAGUAGGAUGGAUAUGUCUGGUAUUUUCCUUGUGUGUCUUCAUUGCCCCAUUAUGCAUUGUGAGAAAAGUGAUACGAACGAAGAGUGUGGAGUAUAUGCCCUUUCUUCUAUCACUAUUCCUUACUCUUAGCGCCGUCAUGUGGUUUUUCUACGGCUUCCUAAUCAAAGAUUAUAACAUCGCCAUUCCGAAUGUGUUGGGUUUCAGCUUCGGCGUGCUUCAGAUGGCGCUCUACGUAAAGUACAAAAACGCAGCCAAAAUGAGCCAACAAAAGCUCCCAUCUCAUAAUAUACCCAAUCACAUCAUAGUUUUGGAGGACGGAAAGAUUUCAGAACUAACGGCCGAGCAAAUCAUGGACGACAUUGUCAAAAUCAGUGCACUGUCGCGUUCCGACAAAGUUGCAGCAACUUCCCAGAUGAACAGCGGUGGAGCUGCAGAGAAUUCUGCUGUGAAAUCUCAAGUUUGAUCCAUCACCAUCAUCUUAAUUGUUAAUUACAUGCUAUGUGAUAUGUAAUUAAUAAUAUUAAUACCUGCCCAUUUUAUCUGUUUUUGAGUGCUGCUGUGGGGGACCCUUUUCAUUUAUGUAUAUCGAUCGUGUACCUAAUUAAUUAAUUAAUCAAUCAAUGGCU